CAAACUUCGAGCAUUGACUACUGUCGUCAUGCCAUACUCGCCCCAACAGGACCCAGUGCGCUACCUAUAGGAUACUCUGUCCAUACGCUCCUUUUCCUUGUUCUGCUUUCUCAUUGCAAUGAGUUUUUAAAUCGCCUCGCUGAAGAGAGUCCACCGGCUUACCAUUCCUUUGACCUUUGUUUUCCGUGGCUGUGUCGCAUUAUUGAAGAAAAGCAAGAAACUUGCUUGCAUAGAUGGGUGCCUGUCAGUCGUGUCUGGGCCUGGGAAGUCGUGAGGAGAAUGAGCCUGAACAUGCCCGACUCAUUGAAGAUGAGAUUUUUCCAGGCAGCUAUGGAUAUGGCUCUGUGAACCACCCAAAUCAUCAACAAUCAGAUCCUGAAGAUCUAAAACGAGAACGAGAAGCAUUAGAGGCGAUUUGCCAGCGCGCAUCAGACUCAGUAGUUGAUAUCUGGUCCUCCCACCCCCAUCUCCAACCCCAAGCAACCCUGCGCAGCAACAACGGAUCUGCCACAUCGUCGCGCGUCCCUAGUAAUGAGACAGCCACAGCCACAGCAGAUGGAACCCCGACAGUGACAGCGACAGCGACACCCAGUGGCACAAUAAAGAAAAGCCCUCCACACAAUCUCGCACCAAUACCCAAAAACUGGGGUGAAGUGGUGGUCUCGCCGCGUCGCAAAGGAAAAAACACCACACAAUCUAACACGGAUAUUUUUGGAGUUCUGAACGUUUCAUAACCUUACCACCGCCACUACAUCGGCGAUAUGAUUAUGAUUGAAAAGAACAAGAAAUUGAGUGUGAUGAACUCGAUGAUGGUUUUCUAUUUACACAUCCGAAAUAGUGAUCGCUUUGACCCCAUAGAUCUGCAAAGUGGUGGCUCUGUUUAUUACCUGGCUGGCGUCUUGAUAUACCCGACUUUCUCUCGUCUUUCUCUUCCCUGUAUUUUUCGCGGAUGCGUUUAGGUGGCUUGCCUUUCCUUUGAUUUUCUUACAUAUGCGGUUUGUCUACGGUGUACAGCGAGGGUCCCUUUUAAUUCUUGUUCAAGUAUAUAGGCUAGUGCUGUUGUGUCAUUUUACGACCCGACGUUUAUAAUUAAUUGCAAAUGAAACAGAUGAAUUCAACUGAAAGAAA